UUACGCCACUGGAACGAAGUGCAGGGGAAUGGAUAAUGUGCAGAAUACGCUCUCGAAAGGGAGCAGGACCGCAGAGCAGUGCACGCAGCAAGCCAAGAUUGUCAAGAUGGAUGCUCACCGCGGACGGUACGGAGUAUGGAUUUUGCCGCGUGAUUCGUGAAACACCGAGCUCGCGGUUGUUGUCCUGUGUGGAAAAAGUUGGUGAGCCGGGAAAUGCUGUUAUCCAUGGUGUUCUGAGCGUUGUGUGUUUCUACGGUGUCUCGAUAUGCAGCGUUGAGUAAACCGGAGUGCUUUUACAUAGUGAUGAGAAAAACACCUAAAAGCAGUGUAGCAGCAGCGGCCUUCUACAAUGGUGGAUAAUAAUUGUAUUAUUGAGGGAAAUGUCAAAUUUCGCGACGGCAAAAAAGUGAUGGAAGUCAAGAUGGUGUGUUAUGAGAAAACUGUCACCAGUUGCAGAUUGUCUCCAUUUACAACUGUACGGAGAUAGCAAAGAUCGAUACAAGCAAGGCCAAACGAAAGCUUCCUUAAGCUUGCAACACUUUCUCGGCGUGGAGAGCGGUUUCACCCUCGAUAAGGAGUCAAAUACUAUCGCUAUAAUAUGUCAGGACGUAACAGUCGUUUUAGCCUUCGAUACCAGAGAACGGCUGAUUCAAUGGCAAGUGAAGAUCUCGAACAAUCUGGGCGAAGAUCAACAGUUCCUGAUACUGAUCUCCACGGUGCCCUCGAAAGCGAAACUGACCAAUGGACCGGCCCAUUUGCACAUUCAAGAUCGCCGUUUCUGCAUCACCGUCGGCAUACCGCCGAGAUUGGUGGGCAUGUGGGAGAUCGCGCACCUUCGGCGUUACGGGGUGGUGGAAGGGAGAUUCUGCUUCGAGGGUGGCUCGAGAUGCGGCCGAGGGGAAGGUCUGCACGUGUUAAUCACAGAUCAAGGCGAAGACAUCGUGAAAAUGCUGCAAUUGGCGGCAGAGGGGAAACUGACGAAGAAGCGACCGGUUAGCAGGGAGCAAAUGGCUCAGGACAGCCCGCGUCGUCAAUUCUCCCGGUCGGAGACUAGGGCGAGCGACUUUUUCCCCUCCGCCCCCCUUUACUCGAUGAUGUACGAAGAGCAGUGCGACAGCUGCAAGAAUGAGAGCUCACCCUAUUGGUCGUCCGCCGAGAGUAGACAGCAGACUGAGCUCGACAGGGAUUACAGUAGCAGAGACACCAUCUCUGUCUCGGAGCUGCCCGACCAGCCGGGGGAGUGGCGCAGCUGUUCCCUCACUCGUCAAGGCACGUCCGCUUUAGAGCGGUGCGCUAGUUGCAUAAGUAAACUAGGUACCGUCUCGAAGUCGUCCACGUUGGCGACGACCACUGGCGCGAGUAGCAUAAGCAGCCCUGCUGGAACGAUGAACAGUCUUGGCUGCCAUUUGCAAGCUCGUACGUUGGAUCGGUUAUCAUUAUCCUCGUACAGCAGCAGUAGCCACGACAGCGAUUACUCCGGCUCCCAGCAGCAGGUAGAAUGCCAUUGUUCUCAAACAAAGAGCUCGCAACAAACGAGCGUGCAGCGCGCGUCGCCCAGUCCGAGCGCGUUGCCGCCGAGGCCUCCAAAACCGUCCCAAAGCACUGCCGCGAAAAAGGCGAAAAAGCCGCCGAUGCCACUGCCGAGCGAACAAAUUUGCGUGCACUCGCGUAAGCAGCAGCUGGCCACACGUAACACUGCCCCUACAGCUGCUGCUGGACCGUACGAGAAUUACGAUGUGCCCAAGACAAUAUUGGCUCAUCACAUGCUGCUCGAACAGGCUCCGCAACCUGAUCAGUAUUAUGACACGCCAAGGAAAAUCAAAGAAUGCCUAGCACUGCCAAAAAGUUAUCCCAACUACGAUACGCCGCAGGCUCCUCAGGCCGUAGUGUUACAGCAAUGCGGCUGCCCGGCUAAGCUCACGGUACAGUCCCCCAGAUCAUCGGGCUGUCCUUGUCAAAAUGUGAUGAGUUGGGCAGGUUUCGUGCUGCCGUAUUGCAGACGGGGAGCUGGAAUCGAGCCGACGGGGGUGACCGUGCACCCUGUCAAGCUUUCAGGGGAGGGUAAGAUGCCUGUGGUUAAUGCGAGCGGGGAAAUCGCGAUUUACUCCACUGCCAAGAGGGCCAACAAGUCUGAAACUAGCGAGGACAAGAUCAAGGAGAACUGUGACUGUCUUCAGGAGAACAGAUCCAACAAUUAUGAAAACGUCGAGCCCGUGAUCGACACUCAACCGGAGGCCAAACAAGCUAACUACGCGAACAUCGAUUUCACACAGUCCUUGGAGCAUUAUGAGAACAGCAAGGAUCUGUUAACCAAAAGCGGAAUAUCUCAGGAGGAGAUAGAGAAGUUCGCGGAUCAGAUCAAGGAGGAAACGCCUGAGACAACCGCCGAAGAGUCCAAGAUAUGCCAAAAAUGUGGUCACCUAAAGGACAGAGAGAACGAUUAUCUGGUGAUGGAUCCUGAAAAGCAAACGCCAAAGAAACCUUUCCCCGGUUACCUACCGAUGCAACCAGCUCACAACGUGUGUUCCAAGGAGAUUUUAUCGAGGAUCUGUAGCGGCAUAAAGAGCUCGAGCAAUCCUGCGUUGUCCGGGUCAGCAAUGACCGAGGGCGGGAAGAAGAGGUCCGACUCCAAGUUCCGUGUACCUGGCUCGGCAAUGUUGUCUAGUCCGUACCUGCGACGCCGUUACUUCGAUGGAAACGGCACCGAGUCCGGUGGUAACAUCGGUCUGCUGUUGAGGAAACGAUCUUACUCGGCGGAAUCUGCUCACUACCUGGACGACGAGAACCAUACGUUCCCGUCAACGUUGACGAUUCACAAAUGUUCAAGUGAAGCAGACAAAGCCGCUCUCGUGCAAGGAGACACGCAUACAUCCUGCGUCAACUCGGAAAUAAAGAUGAACCAGGACAGUGGACAGAUGUCGAUAGCCUCCCCUCAGCCGUCCUUCAUCAAGAUCCGACGAUCCUCUUCGGUACCAUCCAAAACUGGUCACAACAGAGACUCUUCUAGCAGUAACGAUUCAGGUGUAUCAACUGGAUCUCUCAGUCACAGAACUGCCGAGUUCGUCGAAUUCGAGUUGUCCUUGGCUCCGUCGACUUCUGCAAGGAAACAGAACGUCCUGUCAAUCUAUCGAAAGAGUCCACCGCCUACGUGCUACCACAGCAGCCUGCCAAGGAAGUCCAAGUCCAGCGACCCGCUUCGCGAGCUGUCCUUCCAAUUCCAGAAGAUCAAGAUACCUACCAAGUCUUCGUCCGCCGAAGCUGAUAUACCCACGUGUAUGCCCAAAGGUGCGAAGGGGUUCAACAGUCCUGGAGAAGUGUCCAGCACUCCUUACAUCGACUCGCGAAGCACCAGCAGCGGUACUUCCGAUAUGUCUGAUUAUAUCGAGACGUUGUCGUUGUCGUCACAUUCCUCGUCCGACACGCCGGACAGUCUAAGAUUGGGUGGCAGAGCAGUGGCAACGACGCUGCGCCCGCGCAGCGGAAAGGAAUAUUACAAGAUAGACAGAAGCAUUCUUGUUGAACAAGGAAGAACGUUGACCACGCCGGCCGCAAAUUACGCGAACAUUACCCCGGUACUCGAGAAAAGCGAGUCCCCGUCACCUGGAUACAUGAGCAGCUCUCCCUUCGAACAACCGCAACCGACUCGCGAACACUUUUUGUUUCCUGAUGUAAGUAACGGUUGACGGAACCGUGAAGAGUUCACCACGGCCGUGCAUUCACGUGGCACUUGGUUGACUUCUUCCAGGAAGCUUGAACACGGCAACAUUGUUUGGGAAGAGAGCGGAAAACUUGAAGUUCCUAGGAAUUCCAAACAAAAUCAGUAAGAGUAUUUACGUGUCUAGAAAUGAUUAAUUGGGGCAUCAUGACCGUUUACACUAUACGCGGGUAUCUAGCGUAUGAACAAAUCAUGCAUUCCAAUGCGGUUGCAUUUACCCGAUUCACCACAUAGAUAUAUCGUUCCGUCAGACUGAGGAUAGAAUAGAUCUUGAACGGUCCAAAAUCCAUUAUUGAUCUACGUGUAGUCGACUCUCUUAACUUUCUUUGAUAUAUAUCUCAUCGAAGUCUUCUUCUCAUACUGAAACACACGCUCACAUACACACACUUAUACAUACAGACGUACAGAUACAUGCAUACAUACACCACAGACAGAUGAACAUAUAUACACGUGAAAAUCCGCACAAUCAAAGGAACCUUUAAACAUAAGAAUAUUCUUUCUCUCGUGACGUGUCUAGGUUCUAGCGUAUAGUCGAAAUGAAGUCAAUAAUCGAGAUACUUCCUACAACGACUCAAACAAUUUCUAAAAUGUGCUCAAUAAGAAAACUGUAAUAGUUUGUAUAGUAAGAAUCCUGCCCUAGGAUAAAAUGGAAAAAGAUGAGAGGCGAAAGAAGCGUGUGCAUCUUACACUUUAUAUGAGUAUAUAUCGUUUUUUGGAUAUGUUUUAUUUUAUAUGGGUAUACUUCUAAAAUGAACUUAGGGUAUUGUACAGCGGGUUAUAGAAUGCAAUUCGCGACUCUGUGUUUAUAUACAUAUAUACAGUUUAACACGAGACAUCAUGUAUUUGCAUUCUGAUGUACAACCGGAAAACGUGGAAGGGACGAGAAGAGAGGAAAAAAAAAAUAGACGGGAAAGAGACGCGAUGAAAGUAGUCAGUUGCAAAGCAUUCACAGGGUUUCUCAAACUUACUAGUUAUUUUCUAAAGGCUAAGAUAUAACGUAAUGUAGCCGUCAAUGGUCUUCUUUCUAACGAGAUUUAUAUAUGGUGGAUAUUGUAGAGUCUCUGGGCAAUCAAAGAUGGCACUAUGUAUAGAUUAUAAAAGAACAAAAAUAUCUUUAAAUAAGUCCUAAGGAAUACGCGAAAAAAAAAAUGGUGUAAAGUUCGAAUUUAUUUUUAUCGAAUUUUUACGGCCCGCGCGUGUCCGCGGGCCGGCAGCAAACGGUACUUAAAUACCAUAAUACGUUCCCCGUAUUAUGACUUUGAUUAUCUAUGAUUUUCCUAUUAGAUUUACAGAGAUCACGCAACGAAUUAGUUGUUAAUAGCGAGUCCGCAAUAUUAUGUUCCCCGUUCUUUCGUGUAAUAUCGUAGGGAUGGUAACUUAUACGAAAUAUUUUUUAAUUCGUACUUAAGGGUAAUCUACUUAAAUUGUUUCGCGCGUGAAGGAACCUAUAUGUUUAUGAAAUUCUUUACCAAAAGGAAAAGAAGCAAAAAAAGAGGGGGAAAGAUAAAAAGAAAGAAAGAAAGAAACAUAAUACAAAACGGGAAAAAAAGUAAUAUUUAUUUUUACUUCGACGGUGCAGGAUGGAUCUUUUUGAUAAUAAACUAUUUAUAACGUAGGCGGUUAAGGGUGUUAAGCGAACGACUCUUUAGGCGAUCGCGUCUAGGUUUUAGGCCUGUUUCACGUGUCUGCACAGCUUCGGACUUUCUUUAUGGGACAAAACGAGAAAAGUUGGCAUGAAGGGGGGAGAGGAGGGGACGAAGCAAAAGAUAUAAAAAGCAAAAUGUAAACGCGCCAGGCUUCAACCGCGCCGCGAAUCUUCUCUCUGUGUGUAUAAUUAUUCGUUUCCUCUUUUGUCUGGCCGCUGGUCCGCCGGGAUCCCGAUCCGGCCGAGCGAUCCGACCGUGUAAUAUCGUUCGCGAAUAAUCUUUGCACCGCGGAUAAUCGAGUUUUCUGCAAUACGCGUCGACGCGGUCGACGAUACAUGUGCAGUGAUACUGAACGCAAUAAAUAGCAAUGCUAGGGAAUUAUAUGCUGAUAUUAAAAACGGGGCGAGGGGUGGGCGGGGGGAUGAUAGAGACGGUGAGCAGAUAAAGGGGCGGGGAAAGGGGAGGAAGGAAAAAAAACGAAAGAAAGAAACAGAUCGAUAUCGAACGUUUUCGCAUUUGUGAGAUAUAUUAAAAGCAGAAUUGUUCUGUGUUUUCAUAUAUAUUAUGCUCCUCGGAGCGGAUAAUCAAAUCAGUAUUCAGAAUCAAAAAGAUCAACGGCAACGAGAGCGUUUCGCUGUUCCCGUGUACACACAGGGGUUCAUUAACCGUAUGAAGUUAACCGGGAAUCGUUUGCCUCGUACACGAUACACAAUACACAGCUGGCUUUGCCGACCGCAAGGAAUUGUUUUCGUCGUGCCGGAAAUCGAACGGAAUUAAAAUGGUAACUCGUGUAAUGCGUACAGGGCGUUCCAGCGGACGUGUCCAUUUAAAGUCUAGGAACUUUGUUAUAUCAGCUUGAGACUGUAAACUCGAACUAUAGAUUGUUAAGGGUUUAAAGGGACUCUCUCUUUCUCUCUCUCUCUCUCUCUCUGUCCAAUCGGCCUUCGGGCCGGGCAGCUUGGAAUUUCUAUAUUUAAAAACGGGGGAAGAAGAUAAAUAGACUGUAGACUAAACUCGAUAGAGAUAUAAGAAGCUAAUUUUAAUACGAUCGUUGUCCCUUUCGACACGGAUAUCGACGAUAUCUGCAUACCAAAGAAAUACUCAACGGAUAGGGAACAACGGCGGAGAUAUUAUAGACGAAUCAGCGAAUCGGUUGGAACGCCUUGUACAAAGUUUAUUGCGUCCGACGCAUUGUGGACCCCGGGGGUGCGUUCUCGUCCGUUAAUCGAGCAAACUAUCGCUGUAGCAACGCCACGCUUAAUCCUUUUUCUACCACGCUCUGUUCGUUAAGCCAGCAACCAGGCCAGGUUACGUGCACAGUGCUCUUUCGCAGAAGGGGAACACGGUGGCAGAGAGGCGUGUAAGUACCUACGCCUAGAACGGUUUCACGGACCCGUGCGAAUUGUAAAAGUAUUAAAGUAGUAUUAACACAAGACUGAAACAAAAUCGAAAGAGAAUGAAAACUGAAUAAUAGUCGCUGUGUGGUUCGAAACGUAGGGGAGUAUCUAAAGAGGAAGCUAGACUAUGUUAAUUUUCGUCUCGCGAGCGCGCUCGCUUCCCACACCGCAUCCCUCUUUUUCUACGAGGGCCCAAAACUUACGGAUACCUUCGUUCGUGUUUCUUAUUUCGCGUCCCUUGCUCCUAGAGAGUACGGCUCCCCGUGUCUUCAGCCGACAGUGGAAACCAUCCGAGGACAACGAGACGAUCGAGUCAGAAAGCGUCUCGUUGUCCUAAGGGUAGCUUUUCACGGGGAUCGCGAACGGGUUCAUCGAUCGGCGAAGACAUCGGAGCCGAGCAAGGGCCCUACGGAUGAUAUAUCGAGUAAACAGGCGUAGAAACGUAGCGUUAAGGUGAAAGAACGAUCGACCUUAUGAAUUCUGUCACGUUUUUUAGAUCGUACUUAUUCCGAUGGAAGGAUUGUAAUCUUAAGGUAAAGCCGACAUUGUACCCCAUUACUUUCUCGCGUAAAUAUCGUAUUUAAGGAGGUUGAUCGACAGGGAACCACCGUGUGGCGGUCCCAAUACUGUUCGACCUAACGAUUCCCAGCCGAGAACCGGUCUAGGAAUUCGGGGUUCCUCUUCCGGCGACGCCGGCUGGAGGGACGCGGGACACGGCGCGUUUAUUUGACCGCGCUGGGAAUCGGUUCUAUAAACACAUGCUAGUCAAAGUUAAGUACUACCGUAGCGAUAAUAUAUUUUUACUGUAAAGGGGACUACUGCGUACUGGUCGGUAGCUGAGCACACGGCACUCCGGCUGAUCGUUGUUUAGAGGAGAACGUUGCACAUAGAAUUGUUACUUCGACACGGGCAUGGCUAACUUACUCUCGUCAGCGCCGGGCGAAGCUUAGAUAGGCGUAGGCCGUAACGCGCGAAGCGUUUAUUGAUUCCCCGCCGGCUUUGCUUCGGCUCUCGGACGGUGUUAACGCGUUCGUUGACCAGCACCCAUCCUCACUUUCGCUCGUUGCCUCUAACUCGUUCCAUCCCCGUUUUAGCUGGACAGACGCCCCGGCGGCGAACGCGUUAACCGAACCAAUACGAACCACCUAUUAAACCUGUGGAUCUUUAUGCGUCGGUCGGAUGACACGAAACUUUUCAUCGGACGAACAAGCGUGUCCUUUGUCUUGCCUCUCGCGAGAAUAUCGACGAGGACAAACCCUUCGCAUUAAGGUUCACAGGUGUUACAGAAACUUCGCGCGUUACGGUCCGGUACAGGCCAUCGGCUGAAAGUUCGAAACGUUAGAGAUCCGCUCGUCGACUCGGCUGGCUAGAAAUAAUCGCAUUCACUUCUAGCUGUUCCGAACAGCUGCCUGUAAGAAAAUAUUAGCUCGAGUCAGAAGAAACUUCGUCCGUUCAUCGAGCCACCGGGGACCGGCGAACGGAAACUUUCGGCCGAUCGCUUCGCGUAGAACUCAUCCACUCACCGUUCGCAGUCGUAAUCCCUCCACUGGUUUAAGAAAGAAAUGGAAUUGGCCGAGGUCGGAGCGGCGUGUGCCAGGUCCCGGGCCGCGGAACAACCAUAUCUAAGAAUUUACUAACGAUAUACACGAUUACGAAUAGCGAGUAACGAGUUUCCGGAGAGUAUUAUAUAUAAAUAUAUAUCAGCCACUCGUAGGACAAGUCGAUUAACUCCAAUAGUAUACGUUUUGCUCGAUCAUAAACUAUAUUCUCGAAGUAACUUUUAUUAUUAUCGCAAUUUCCCCAUGACCAAAAGACUAUUAUUCCAUGGUACCAGUCAGAAUGAGAUUUAUAUUAACACUAGAACUACCAAGCAGUCAAGUUGACUUUUCAAAAUUUUUCUAUAGAAACCCCAAGACUGCAUCUAUCGACACUUCGAUCACUCGAAACUUAGUUCGCGUAUUACCAAAACAAUUUCUUUAGAAAUUUCUUAGAGAAGGAUCCAUUGUUUUCUCAAUAAUCGUAAAAGAAGAAUUCAGGAAUGGGUCAUUUCGACCCAUCCGGUAGUUCUAGCGUUAAAUAUCAAAAGUGAAGAGCCAAUAAAUCGCUAAGAGAGAUAUAUCGCUUCAAUCUGAAACUUCUAAAAGCGGAGUUAAUCGAUUUGCCCGGUGAACGGCUCGUACAUAUUAUAUAUACACCUAUACAAAUCUAUAUAAAGCUCUCGUGUCAUGAUUUCUGUAAAUAGUCGGUGUGUGGCAUUAGGCGUACCGAGGUGUUUCUUUAUUUUGUGAUCCCGAUGAAGAACCGCCGGUAGGCACGAGACUUUUUACCUGUAAAUACGCGAAACGGAAAGCUGGAGGAUUGGGGCCUAGGGGCUCCGCAGUGUGAUGAAAUGCGCUCGAAUCGUCUUCGGAGCCAUUACCGCGUUCGCGAUUGAUUCCGGUCGCGGUGUAAUUGCACAUUCAACCGUGCGAUCAUUGUUCGACGCGGCGGCAGAUGCGUAUCGCGAUGAUGUAUCGUCGUCAUUGAUGAUUGUUCGCGCGAUACGAGCGAUCUUGAAACGCUUUACUUGCACAUACACGUACACACACGUACGCAUACAACAUACGUAUACACAGAUACCACACCCACCGACCGUACAAAUACGAGCGGUACACGUACACACUCGUAGCAUACGAACGUCAAGAGACACCGGGACGCGAAAUUCACUUAAACGCCGUUCUAUAUCUAUACACUUUGCAUUCGAUUCGGGGAGAGGAGAACUACGAAUCGCAUUAGCACGCGAGCAAUACGCUCCGUGGGAUCGAUGAGGUCCGAUUAAACGAGGAUCGUACCCGUCGCGCGCGCGUAAAUGGAAUUCUAAUGGGACGAAACGUCGAAUCUUCUUCUAGCAUAAUUGUACGCGCCGAGGGAACCUUUUAACUCGGUAUGAUCUACGCUCGGACGCAAUUGUAUCCGUGAUCGAAACGUUAUUCUUACACCAGGACAGUGGAUCGAACAGUAAAUUCGCCGAUGCUCGUUGCGACAAAGGAGACGCGCCGGGCUGCUCGAAUAAUUGGAGCGUCUCCGAGCGAACGUUCGAACUACUUUAUUCCUGUUCGAGGCAUUCGACGACUCGCAAGACCGCGAGCUGCCGAUCUAUCAAUGGAAUAACACCGAAACGCGUUCCGCUGUUCUGGUUAUUCCGAGCGGCGCGGCGAAAGGUCGUUAAUGGGUCGAGUCGGGUCCAAAUGGAGCGAUACUUCGUUUAAUCGGCCGCGUCGAGUCGCGGAGCCUCUCUCAUGUACAUACCAUUCCCGUAGACAGUCUGUUGAUCAUGUGUACUUAAAGGAUCGCGAGCCAUUCCGAGCGAGAACUUCUCUCGCGACGAAACCCGUGCCAUGCUCCUCUCGGUUUUUAGCUUCGGUCCUGAGGAGACGGCACGGAUCGAACCGAUAAACGCUUGGACACUCGACGAUUCGCGGCGAGACGGUGGAUUCGUGGAAACCGGAGGAGGAACGUACGAUAUGUUUCCUUCGGGAUUGCUCGAGAAACGAACGUUGACUCGUCAGCAGAUCUUUCCGGUGUGGAAAUUUUAAUUGUCGAUUCUGUCCGACAUUCUUUCAUCCAGGGUACAACGAUGACGCUCUCCGCAGAUCGUCGAACCCGAACCUCUUUUUAUCGGCCCGCUGGGUUCAUUGUCUCGCUAGGUCGUUACGUUCGAGUAUGCUUGAACGCGAGAGGGAAUUCCAGUGGAUGAUAAGGGCAUAGCGAAGGGAGGGACAAGAAGAGACAGCCCGGGAUCCGUUUACUUUGACAAUCCGUUCUCGAGAAGCGACUGGGAAAAUAGAGGAUUCGGUUCACGUUUCAAGCCGUUAGAUGCGCUUUGGAAAAAGAGUUCGACGAACUCGCCGCGCGGCCACCUGAGUUCUUGCCGUACGAGGGAUCGGGGCGGAAGGAAGAAAGGAAAACGAGACGCUGCUUAACCCUUUGCACUCGACGAUUUCUUCAAAUAUUAUACUACUACAAAUAUUCUAUAUUCUAAUAGAAUAUCGACGGGUUUUACGAUUGAUGUAAACAGAAAUCGUACUUAACCCUUUGCCUUAUGAUCUCUUAACUCUGAUCGAUACGAUCUUGUCAUUAAUGGUUUAUUAGAAGAAAAAAGUUGUAGACAUAUUCUAUGUCUAUGUUUGCUCUUGAGUAUAAUAAUUGAUUAUAAAAGAAUAAUAUGUACUUUGAGUCCGAAUGAAUUAUCUGACGCGUUGUCAUAAGACAAGGGGUUAAUUAACACGUUAAGUGCCAAACUUUGACCGAUUUUCCGUGGUUAUUUCUUUGUAGCAAAGAAUAGCAGGGACAAUUAUCAAUUAUUUGACGUUACAAUCCUUGCAUUACACUAUUAUCAGCUUCGUUGUGUUAUUAAACGUUGUUUUCAAGUAAUUCAGAAGCGUCGGUCAUCAGCGGCUGACAUGGCACUUAACCUGUUAAGGAACAGAAGAGUUUCGUUACAGUGUUUCAUGUAUUAAUACAUUAUAGGAAAUUUAAUAUUGAAUACUGAACCAUUCGAUUGUACUGUAUUAUAACAGAGACCUAGUGUCCAUGUUCGAGUGCAAAGGGUUGACACUAGAACUACCAGUAGAAAUCACUGGUUUUCAUUUCAUUUUGCUAUUACUGAUAUUACAAAUAUAUUUAGUUUCUGAAAUUAUUCUCGAAAUUAAUGGUUUCACUUACUUAAUGUAACGGAUAUCAGUAGAAAGAGUUGCGUAUUGAUUAUAUUGAAUAUUAGGUGGUUCUAGCGUUAAACGAAAUUUUCCACACACGGAUCGUGAUCUAUUGUCCGUCGAUCGUUCGCGUUUCUUGGAAAAUGAUCGAUUAAUAAUUGAUUAAUGGAAUAAUUCUUGACCGAAAAAUAGUUUCAAUACACGGAGGAUACCGCGUUCAGUUUUCGAGCUUUGAAAUUGCAUCGCGGAAAUGAUCGCGUACGACUAGUUUCGUCGAGGAGGAGGAUCGUAAUGUAACGUUCGACGUGAAUCAUCGUCUCGCGCGAGGAUCGCUCGCGUCGGGACGCAUUUCAUCCGGGAGGAAUCGAGUAGAAUAGAUCCGACGAUCGGCUCGCAUUUAUAAAACGAAGCGUUUUUUUGUUCUUUUCUUUCGAGUAAUCAAGGUAAGCGGGUGCGUGUGAAUGAGCGAGAAUGAUUAAAAACGGAAAAAUCAUUAUUAUGUACGUUCGUAAUUAAAUUAUAAAAGGAACUCAUACACAGUUUGUAGCGACUCGAGUCACCGAUUUAUUAAGAAAGUAGAAGAAAUAAAAAGAUCAAAAGUACCGUGCCUGUCUGUGAUUCCUUCAACGACCUUCACCCUUUUUGACACUAAAACUAUCAGACGAAUUAAAACGACUUAUUCCUAAUUUCUUCAUUUUGCAAUUAUUAACACGUUGAAUACCGAUUUCAUCGAGCAAACUACAUAAAAUGGAAAAAAUAAAAUAUUAAGUCAUUUGAUUGAAUUACAUUAUUAUUAUUGCACGUUCUAGCCGAAUGACACUGAAUUCGGUAGUAUUAUAUAUAAUAUAGAA